AUGCUUCCUGAAAAUCUAUGCGACUUCCCAUUCACAGUAUUGAUCAAUUUUACAAACAACAAAAUAGAAACUCUGAAAAAUUUUUCAUGCGUGAAGAAACUUGCGUUUUUGGACUUGUCGCACAACAGGAUUAAGAACAUCUGCAAAUCAUUUUUCCAUGGUCUUCCUUUACCUUGGAAUGUUAAUUUGUCAUUCAAUCAUAUUUCUUUCCUCGAACCUGGAACAUUUAAUGACGAAACUCUCAGUUUAAAUAACCUCGACGUUUCACAUAAUUCAAUACUUGUUUUGGAUAUUUCCAACCUUUUACUUUCUAAAACAUUUUGUAACAUUUCUUAUGCUGACAAUAAAAUCACUAGUUUCACAAAUAAAGCCGAAAAACCAAUAAAAUAUGAAGACAAAUUCUCAGAUGUAGGAUUUCUUGACCUAUCAUUCAACAACAUUCAAAGUAUUCCAAAUUUUGAAGAAUUAAACUUUGGAAAAGGAUAUGGCUUCCUAGGGAAAGUGGUAUUCAAUCGUUUCAUCUUUCAGGUUAUAUCAAACCCAAUCGUCUGUGACUGCUUUCUGGAAGAAAUGUUGUGGAAUAUCCGAAAUGUGAGACACACCUUUAAAACAGACAGCGAUUUCUUGGGAUAUACAUGCUCAUAUCCAGUCAAUCUACAAAAUGUAUCGAUCGUGAAAAGCUUCGUUUAUAAUAAUACUUUCGAUGAACUCGUUUGUAAGCUUCCUAAAUGUCCUCGACAAUGCAAGUGUGUCUUUCAAUCAAGUCAACUUCGAAUCAUCAUUGACUGCACGGAAAUUUUUAAUGAAAACGUUCUCCCUACUUUUAAUUAUACUGACAUGGUUCAAAGUGUAAAAGGUCAUUCCAAGCUGUCAGAAACAACGGUACAUCUUCUAUUGUCGGGCAGACAGAUUGAAAUAUUAGAUAAAAGGAACUACUUUCUCAACCUCUCCUAUUUAGAUCUCUCAAAUAACAAAGUGGAAACUAUAAAAGAAUCCACUUUCUUGGAGCUAUCACGAGUGCCGAACAUAAAACUUAAUUUUACUGGUAACCACGGUGUUCUUAAACUCCCCAAAGGACUUCAACUAUUAAACCCCAACAGUGUUAUUCUUAAUAAUGUCACAAUAGCUUGUGAUUGUGAACUAAUAUCUUGGUUCAUGCAAUGGCUCAAUAGUAGAGAAAUAGAUUUGAAGAGACUUGGCGUAACGUGCAAAGUAAAUUCCUAUUUUAUUCCCAUGCAAAACGUCACAGACUCGGAUUUACUCUGCAAUCAGGAUCAAAACCAGAACUUCAGUCUUGUUUUUGUUAUAGGUGGCUUUCUCAUUUUUCUCGUCAUUAUCUUUUUUGUAUAUUCAAAAUAUGGCCACUACUAUUUUCUUUUUCGAAAAUGCCUAUCAAAGUCAAAACAAUACAGCAAUUUCAAGUAUGAUGUAUAUAUUUCCAUAGAUGAGGAAAAUGACGAAGUUCUGCGUUAUGUCGGAACAAAAUUUCUUCCGAUGAUCGAAAACUUAAAUCUGAAAACAUUUAUGUUGGCUAGAGAUUCUGAAGUUGGAGGUGUGAUGGAAGAAUGCAUGAUUGAAAGUAUGAGGAUGUCCAGAACAUAUUUGUUUUUCCUCACAAGUACAGUUUUAACCAAAUAUGAAUCAGUUUUUGUAAGGGAAUGGAAACACGCGUGGAACAACUUUAUAUCAAACAAUAAACACGACAUCUUCUUCAUUAAUUUCGAUUUGUUAAGAUUGAAAGAUCUCAAUGAUAAAAACAUGAAAGCGUGCAUGAUUUUUGGAAAAAGUGUCAACUUUUCUGACUUUGACUUUGAGGACAAAGUCAGAAAAUCACUGUAA